CCUUGAAACCGCAUCUCGCGGUGAGGACCAAUAGCACAUCUUCAUAUCAGCAUCCAUUCCACAGUUGCCUACCAUCGGCUGCGCACCAGAGACUGGCGAUACCCAGAAUAUGUCAAGGCGUGCGGAUGCUCUUGCUUGAUUAAUGCCUUUUCUUUCCUUGGAUUGUACGGUGUUAUGCUUUUUUCUGCAUUUUCCAAGAUGGUUUAUGAGGUUUCCCCUUGAUGUGUACAAUAUCAAAUGAAUUGGCUGCUACUGUUGAGGAAGCCAUCACUGCAGUGCCAUUAUUUUUUCAUUUACUGGAGGACAAAUAUCACACUGCACUAUUGACCCAGCUGAGAAGGAGAGCCAAGUGCACAGAGAGAAUCUGCUUAGAUCAACUCCUGAUCCAUCCAGCACGUACCUUCCUAUCAGGACCUACCGUGGCAUUAGAUGCCUGAGAGUAACUGACGCUUGUAGCCAGGGUCUCCAAGCUCAGAAGCAUUGAGAUCCUCAGGACCUCCCCUCCAUUCUCUCUGGUCGGUCAUCCACUAACCCAGAGAGGCUAACUCCCCUGGAUUUUGCUACUCAGUCACCAUGGGAACCGUGCUGUCUCUCUCGCCCAGCUACAGGAAGGCGGCCCUCUUCGAAGAUGGGCCAGCCACAGUGGGCCACUACACGGCCAUUCAGAACAGCAAGAACGCCAAAGACAAGAACCUGAAGCGUCACUCGCUCAUCAAUGUUCUGCCAUGGAAGCGGAUCGUGGCUGUGUCGGCCAAGAAAAAAAGCUCCAAGAAGGUGCAGCCCAACGCCACAUACCAGAACAAUGUGACCCAUCUCAACAACGAGAACCUGAAGAAGUCUCAGUCCUGUGCCAACCUGUCCACUUUCACACAGGACCAGAGCACCCCUGCCCUCGUCAAGAGCUCCAACGCCGCCUCGUCAGUCAAGAAGGCCCCACUGACCAACUCUAAUACAGCCCCAGGUACGCCCAAGAGGGUGAUCGUCCAGGCCUCCACCAGCGAGCUCCUGCGCUGCCUGGGUGAGUUCCUGUGCCGGCGCUGCUACAGACUGAAGCACCUGCCCCCCACUGACCCGGUGCUGUGGCUGCGGAGCGUGGACCGCUCGCUGCUCCUUCAGGGUUGGCAAGAUCAGGGGUUCAUCACCCCGGCCAACGUGGUGUUUGUCUACAUGUUGUGCCGCGACGUGGUCUCCUCCGAGGUGGCCAACGAGCACGAGUUGCAGGCCGUGCUGCUCACCUGCCUCUACCUGUCCUACUCAUACAUGGGCAAUGAAAUCUCCUACCCGCUCAAGCCCUUCCUGGUGGAGAGCUCCAAGGAGACCUUCUGGGACCGCUGCCUGUCCAUCAUCAACCUGAUGAGCGCUAAGAUGCUCCAGAUCAACUCGGACCCGCACUAUUUCACUCAGGUGUUUGCCGACCUGAAGAGCGAAAGCCAGAAGGAGGAGGAGAGGAGCCGCUUGCUCAUCGGUCUGGACCGGUGAGGGGCCCGGGGCUCAGGGGAGGAGAGGGAAACCAGGGGAGGGGAGGGAAACCAGGAGAGGGGAGGGGCCUACUCCAGUCUGGUAUUUCAAAAUGGGGGGAGGGGGAUUGGUUGAGGGAGUAGGAAGAGGGGAGUGGGGAAGUUUUGGGGAGUGGGGAAGAUUCAUUUUUAGGGUUAAUUUGGCUCAGAUAUUCCCCAAAAGUUUUAGAUUAUAAGCAUGUUUGAGAGCUAACAGUACAACAGUUCACUGAAAGAGGGGCAUAGGAAUGCAGUUUGAUGAAAAAAACUAAAACAUUUUAUGGUAAAAAUCCUAUUUAUCUCAAGUUUUCUUAAGACCAAACUAAUAUUUUUCGAAGGAAAGAGAAUUGCAUUUUCACUUCACUUUUGACACCUAAACAAAAAUGCCAGACUCGGGUACAUCCUCUGCUUACGUACAUAUAUAAAUACAUUGAAAAAUACAAAACCGACAAUGAAAAAACAAACAAUAGAAAAGGAACACAAAUCUACAGCUAUGAAUGUGGAAAGGACUGAGGCUGCAGCACCCUACCAGCCACCUGCUGUUUGUUCUGACUGUCUGAGAUGCACUGCCUACCACGGGAUGGUAAAGGGCCCUUGCGUGACUGGGCUAGUGUUCACAUCAACAGACAAGCUGCAACGCUGGCUCUUUAGACUGUGAAGUGAAAACCCAUGUACCCCCACUGCAAGGAAGGAUAUGGACUGGACAGUUCUGCUGCAGUGCAAACAGUAUCUGAUCUGAAUGGAAAAGUGGGGGCACCGAUGCUGGAUUCAUGUUGUUGUGGGUUUAUUGUUUGUGACUUGGCGAGAGGGGUUUGGUGGAGAAAGAUUGUUUCAGAAGGACUUGACAACAGGCCUGAAUUGCAUUGUGGGAUUUUUCUUUACAACAAGACAAUAGGACAUGAGGAAAUACAACAUAAGACACAAGGCUUGAUGGUCACACUACGUGUUAAGAAAGACAUACUUUACUUUCAUCUCAGAAAAAAAAUUAAUGGAUGUUUUACUCUUCAAAGGCUCAAGCCCAGGGUGGUUUAUUUAUUGAUUUUCUUAAAGGCUUUUUAUUUUUACUUAAAAAUAAUAAACUAAUGCACGUGUGCCAUGCAAUUUUUCUUGAAUUUCUGAGUACAAUAAUUAAUUUACUUAUUUCCAUUUGAUCUGUAAUUAAACCAGCUGCAUCUGCAUUAGAGAAUGCUGUGAGAAAAGUGAAAACUAGUUUAUUUAGCUAUGCUUGCUAAAAUAGGCUAUUUGUUUACCAAGGAAUAAUUUUGUAUUUUUGUCUAAAGGUUCUGUCUAAAAACACUUUGGAAUGAAGGUUCAUAUUCUGCUACAAGACAUUCAGCUUUAACAAAUGUUUAACUAGUGCCAUAUCUUUGAUGAAAAUCCUGUAGGUCUGAAAACACAUUGAAAGAUGUCCAAAUGUUGAGUAAUUGGAUGAAUUUUCAUCUAAUAACUAAUUGAAACUUAAUUUAUUGUAAUGUAUUUGUUAUUUUAGCACAUCCCUUGUAAUCAAAAGAUCAUGAAUGAAUGAUACAUUGGUCUGUUUAAAAUAACCGGAUAUGAAAGAAUGGGUUUUGUGAGUAACUGGUGAGUUUAUCUUUGGUGGGAAUGAAGAUCGAUGGUUGUUGCAAAUUAAUGUUGCAGAGAAUAAGCUAUAGAUUGACCCUAGAUUAAAAACCAAUAAAAAGUCUGACCAUCGCCAAAGUAACUACCACAUCAGAGAGACCUUGAGUAAAGACAAAGACCCUACAACCCUAGACAGAGAGCAAGCUCCACAUAUCAACAAGACAAUAUAACCAUCAGCCAAUGGCAGGGCAUUUCACUCAAAACCACUAAGUGGCACAUCAGAGAAAAUGACAGGUAGCCUCCCCUGGAAUAAUCUCUCAAUGCCAAUAUUAAUCAAAUCUAAGACAACAAUUUAUUCAGCUGGGGAGGAGAUGAGAUUAGGUUAUAUCCAUGUUGACCUCCAUGGAGAUAAUCAGGUUUUGAAUCAGCUGAAGACACUCUGAGAAAUGGAUGAGCAUAGAGGGCAAUAGGAACACCAUGA